AUGGCGAUAACAUUACACUCAAAAUCACUACCUUUCACCAACUCUUUCUUUCUCCGACCACUCUCCAGCUCUAGAAAAAUUUACGUAGCAACUGCGACGAUCCACUGCUCCGCGUCACCAUCGCCCGCAAUGGAUCCAAAACCCUCCCGAAAGCACGUGGCAGUAUGCGGUGGCGGUGUAAUCGGCGUUUGCACGGCUUACUUCUUAGCCAAAAAAGGCGCCGCCGUCACGCUCAUUGAGAAAUCCUCCAUAGCAUGCGCCGCCUCAGGAAAAGCCGGCGGAUUCCUAGCUCUUGACUGGUGUGAUGGUGGCUCCCUCUCUUCAUUAGCUCGUGAAAGCUUUUAUCUACACCGUUCGCUCUCCGAGGAACUCAAUGGACCCGAAAAUUACGGGUAUCGACCGCUUACCACUCUCAGCCUCACUGUAACCGAAUCGUCCAGUUCGAAAUCCUCCGGAAAUUCUAAUUCAAUUCUUCCUUCGUGGGUGGACGGGCCAGCGAAAAGCCCGAGAACAAUUGGGUCAACUGAAACUACGGCCCAGGUUCACCCACAGUUAUUUACCAAGACUUUGUUAAGCAAAGCUGUAAAUGAUUACAAUGUGGAGGUGGUGAUAGGGAAAGUGGAGAGCGUGGGAGUUGAUGAAGGAGGGCGAGCUGAGUCGGUAGUUCUAGAGGGUGGGCGAGUUAUUGCGUCGGAGGCAGUGGUACUAAGUUUAGGGCCUUGGUCUGGUAAAUUCGAGAUGCUGUCGUCGAUUUUUAAUGUGUCUGGUCUCAAGGCUCAUAGUAUUGUUUUAGAGCCGAAAGAGGCGGAUGCUAUAACGCCACAUGCACUUUUUUUGAGUUAUCAUCCAGCUCAGGGUGGCAAACCGAUGGACCCCGAAGUGUAUCCACGUCCCACAGGUAAUUUUAUUAGCCCUUGUUGAUUGUUGUAUCAUUAGAGGAGCUUUACUUGUAUUUGCUGAAGCUUUUUGCGUAGCAUUUGUUUAAGUUUGAUGCUUGCUUGGGAAUGUGGUCCAUUUAGUUCUGGUAA